CUGCAAGCAGGUCGCACAGACCAUGUGAAUUCAAGUGCCAUUAACUAUGAAAAUGGAGCGUCAAUCAAAAAUAAGUAAAAAAGGCGAAAUAAACGCAGCAUAAACAAAGCCAAAGGCCCAAGCCAAACCCCCCACCCACCACUCCCCCCACAAAGCAAUUAAACUGCUGCCAAACAAAAAAUAUGUCCAACGAUGUGCAAAUUGCCCGCGUUUCCCGGAUUGGCUCCGAUGUGGCUCGCAGACAGGGCAAGCAACAGGGCAAUCAUCACCAUCAUCAUCAGCAGCAGCAGAGGGAUACCAACAUAAUGGGCAUAUCAAAGGGUGUCAGCGGAGGCGUCAUUGACGAUGACAUUGAAUUUGUUUUUGGCAGCAUUUCACCACGCGGCGGCGGCGGCAUCAAUCUGGGCAAUCAGCCCAAGCAUGUCGUAGGCUCCUACGAGAUGGACUCACCAGAGCACACGCAGCGCGACACAACAGAAAGCGACAACAACAUUUCCAGCUGCUCAACGCUCGACAUUGUCAACAAAGUUGAACAGUUGUCUGUGCAGCAGCUGGAGAAUCGGGUGCGUGAGCUGACCCAGCGCCUGCAACAGGCUGACCGCCAAUUGGCGGAGAGCAAUGUGGAGCGGGAAAUGUGCCACAAGCGCUUGGAGGUGGUGAGCCAGGCUCAUGAGUGCCGCCUCACCGAGAUGCACUGCGUGAUCGCGGAGUUGAGUAAGAAAUUACGCAGCAAACAAGAGCAUAUCAUUAUGGAGGAGCAAGAGCCGGAGGGCGAGGGCAGUGAGGUCAGUUAUCAGGAGGGUUCCAUUUAUAACUCGGAAUUGAAUCUAACCAAUGCGGAUGCAGACGAGGGCGAGUGUCAAACUGAUGCUCUCGAUGAUUUCGAAGGUGCCUGUUCCAGUGCAGAGAAUUUACAUAUUAAACCCCCAGAUGCCAUCAGUAAGGGGCAGUUAGAUGCUUUGCAGGAGGAGGUGCUUCACUUGCGGGCACAAAUUGCGCUGCUGCAGGCUGAGAUUGCCACAAAGGACAAGGACUCGGCCGUCGUGGAGGAUCAAAUCUAUUUUUCCUGCGAACUGGAGGCCAACGAAAAUGGCAACAGCUGUGAUCAGCAACUCAACGACUUGAAUGCCUGCGUUUCGCUAACCAGUCCCCAGAAGUGCGUGAAAAUGGCCGAGAGAGUUAAGUUGCGCUGCGCCAGCAAGAAUGAGCCACAAGUGGAAGCAACGCAUGAUGACGAUUGCCACACGGAACUAAGCAAUGAGGACAUCAACUUAGUUGAGCAUUUAGUGUGCAAGCAAAGCUCGCUGAUGGAAGGCUUUAUGGCACCGCUGCAGCUAGAGUUGGAGCGACUGCAGCGCAAAAUGGAGCAACUGAAGAUGCGCAACACACUAUUGUCGCUCACCCUCGACGAAUCCAAGGAGCACACCGAGCAUCUCUAUCUACUGUGUGGCAAAUACGAGUCAAAUGCUGUUGCUCUCCAAUUGGCGCUCAACUGCAGCGAUCGCGCCAUUGAAGCCUAUGAUGUGAUGUUAGCCUUGCUGGAGAGCAGGUUGGCUUUGCUAAGCGACAAGUCAGCCGCUGCUGAGGAAAGCCGUCGUGCCGUGGAAACGGUGGCACAUCAUCUCCUGGCGCGACUGGAGACAGAGAAGAAUCUGUGCGAGAAUAGCUUGGGACCCUGGCAGCAUAACAUUAAUUUAGGUGUCGAGGAUGCGCCAAAGUCGACACGCCACUGGAGCAGCGAUGACGAUAAUCGUCUGCGUUAUCACGUGUCCAAGCUGAAGGGCAGACGCUCCGUUGUGCAGCACACCAUAGUCAGUCUGGAGUCGCCGUUCAGCGAUGUCUUCGAAAAGAAACGUUUAGCCCUCGAGAAGGAUCAGGAGUUGCGCAAGCACGACAAGGAAAAGAAAUCACCCAUCGACCUGGAGACAGCAGUCAUUAUGCAGGAGAUGCUUGAGUUGCGUGACCAGAAUCAACAGCUCAAGGCCAAAAAGGAGGAGGCCGAACGCGAACAGCAAUAUGCCAAUGAGCGUGUCAGCAUUCUCCAUGAGGCCCUCAAGCAGCUGCAGGCCACCAAUCGGGUCUCCUACUCGGAGGCCGAGCAUGCGGCACUCACCGAACAACAGCUGGUCGAGGCACUGAGUCGAGAAACGGAGCUAAAGAGUCGCAUUCAAACGCUGCUCAACAUGAAUGCCAGUCAAAAGGCCACGGACGAGAAGUGCGAGCAAAUGCAUCUCAAUUUGAGGGAAUUGCAAAAAUCAAAUCACAAUCUGGUCCAGAUGCUGGAGCAGAGCAAGCGCAAGUAUCAAUUGCGUAUUAAAAAGAUGGAGCAAAGAAUUGGCGACAUGAUGCUGGAGCAGGAGCAACAACAACAGCAACAACGUCGUCACCAGUUGCACCAUACUGAUCAUGUUCCUGAGACGACGCUGUAGAAUGUAGGAUUAGAUGAUCUAUGCUGGUUGCUUGCGACGGGGCGGAGUAGCGCACAUGCAUGCCACAUAUCCUGCUAUAUCACUAAAUGGCUCCACUCCUCAUAUCGCGUUCUCCCCUCCUGCUGCUACUGCUGCUGCUGCCGCCGCCACCACCUGCUCCCACCGCAAUGUGUAGCUCACGUAUCCGCUCCGCUCCGGUCCGUGCGAGAACUAGCCAUAGAUAACCAUAGAGUAUCACGAAUGUGCCAUACGACGACUCACUAGGCAGCGAAUGAAGCUGUGCUAACUACAAUUACAUAUAUAUUAUAAUAUUCAUAUACAUAACAUAUACGAUUUAAUGAUCUAGAUCCUAGA